GUUCCCGCCGUCCAAUUGGCGUCAUUUGCACAACGCAUUCGACAACGAAUUGACGCUACAAAAUGUUGCAAGUGAAGCAAAUGGGAUCAGGGAUGAUCCUCCUCCUUCUUCCUCUCCUUCUCGUCGCCGUCAGUGAAUCGGCGAGUCCGAGAAAAGAUCGCAUUUUGGGCGGUAAGGAGGCGCCGAAUGAUGCAACACCCUAUGCUCUUUCCCUGCGUGUGGACAAUGCCCAUGUGUGCGGUGCCAGCAUCCUUACGGCCACCAAGCUCCUCACCGCCGCGCAUUGCCUCUUUCGGAAUGACAAAGCAAUCGACAGCACUCGCAUUACGGGACGUGUCGGCAGCACGAAUCAAUAUGCCGGUGGACAAAUUGUGAACAUUGCCUCCUACGUCAUACAUCCGGACUACUACAAGCUGGACAACAAUCUGGCCGUCAUCACAUUGAAGACACCAUUGCAAUGGACGGAUCGCAUCCAGCCCAUUGAGCUGGUUGACAAGGAUGAGGCGCUGCCAGCGGAUGGAUCUGUCAUUAAUGUUGCAGGUUGGGGUACCACCGUCGAGGGUACCUCCUCCUUCAAGAUCCGUCAGCUUAGUCUGACCUUUGCUGCGGAUGCGGUUUGUCGCGAUGCCUACAGUGAUCACGAUGCCAGCAAGGACUUCUGUCUGGCCCAUCCCCUCAAGGAGGGUACCUGCCAUGGCGAUGGUGGUGGUGCUGCCGUCUACAAUGGCAAACUGAUCGGUGUCUGUAAUUUUGUUGUCGGCGCCUGCGGAUCACGCUAUCCGGAUGUCUUUGUCCGCACAGCCGGCUACUCCGCCUGGCUGCAGCAGCAACUGUCCGUCUAGAUUAUGCCAAUCCCAAGCGAUACAAUUAUAUAACCAUUAUCUAUUCUACA